UAUAGUUCUACCAAAAUCGCAACUCGAACAAGCACCAUAAAGCGUUCUAGACGCAUUACAAUUUACGUUGUCACGUAGUAGAGAAUAAAAUCAUGUUCAGUGCGGCGCGCAGUGUGGGUUCCGGGCUGGGCCGGCGCGCGCUGGUCCCGCACCAGCAACAACGGAAGUUUUUGACCAAUGAAGCUCCAAGCCUGUUUCGUAAUUAUCGUCCGUUGCAGAGCAACAAGGCCCUUCAAAGGGUGCUCCAGAAUGCCGGACAGCGUCGGGGCUUAGCUUCCGCGGCUACCGCCGGUGUGCGCGCCGCGCGGCUGCGCAGCAUCCUGAUGGAUCCUAAAACGAUCUCCGCUUUCAUUGCAGGCAACGUCCUGUUACAAGUUCUCUUUGGUUCCGCAGACGGUGAAAUCAUCAACUCCAGCUAUUGGUGCGCAAAAGACCCUGAUGACCUGGCAGAGUUCUACGAAGCCCACGUUAAGGCUUGCUGUAAUUCAACAUCUUUUUAAGAGGCGCCUCUGACACGUUUUCAACUCAAGAAAACAUGUUGUCUACGGUGACUCCCAAGAUGAGCUUAAUAGGUCUCUAAUCACGACUUGUUGGAAGUGAUGAUGCCGUGUCCGGCACUGUUUCACAUCGUGAUGGAUCUCGUGUCCUGGGACGGCGAACCACCAUCGGAGACAAAACCCUGUCUCUUAACUAUGGAAGAAAGCAGAUGCUUUGUACUUUUUUUAGAACAGUUUCUUUAUCUUAAAUUGUUCUAUAUGUGGUCAUCGUCAUUUCUCGAAAGGCCAGCUCCAUCACUACUUCUACAACGGUUUUUCUUAGUCUCAGCAGGUAAAUGUACGAAAGAAGUAGACAGCAAGAGUUCUUCAAUACAUUUUUUUAUAGAAGAAAGAUUUAUAUUUACCACGUACUUGCACCUUGUAUCUUCUUGUUGCAAAGAAACAACAACCAUUUAUUAAUAUCUCCAGGUCCACUACGUGGGUAUGGAUGUUGGCUUCGAGAUUUUCCGAGAGGAGGAUGAUGAUGGCAAGCUCAUCGACUUCUGCCGUUACGAGCGGUUUAUCCACAACAUUCCAUUUUUGACGGAAAUUGGUAUCAAGAUCCCAGUUUGCGAGUCGACCUGGAAGUUCGGGUUCCGAAAGCUCAAAGAUUAUGGCUCCUCUGAAUAUUAAACUGAAUAACCUUAUAAACUUUAACUUUUUUUAUGCAAAAUAAUGAAACAUGUGUCGGUCCUCUUUUCAUCUUCUUUUGAAAGAACACUCCUUCAGGAGAUGUUUCUUAAGAUUAUAUACAUGCGAUUUUUAAGCUGCCCCCGACAGAGUAUACAGACAACGACAAAAGGAAAAAAGUAUACACCAAAUGAUGAUGAUUUUAGGAACCUUCAGCUCGUCCUCCACUUUCCUGAACCAAAUAGCAACCUCUUUGUUCCUCUUUCAUACCUGACACGAGAAGUCGAAGCGCGGUUACAUGGGUCGACCGGUGAAGGCAAAUGAGCCGGAUGACGAGGUCGAUCAGUUUUUGUGCUAUCACCGAUGCGUGAACUAUCAGGGGCUCUGGCUGUUCCGUGCGAUCAUGACCGCCCACAUGGCUUAUUAAGGCUUCUAUAAUAAAAAUCGUUCAUUACUGGUGCCAUCUACUUUAUCUGAAAGCAUCCUAAGAAGUAUCAUGUUUCCAGCUCCAGGUCCGUCGGGGAAAAAAGCUCCAGGAUGCAAUCUUGUGCAUCCUGAAAACAGAGUUGUUCCCAAGCGUCAAAACAAAGUUCUACCCAAGGAUGCAAGACAAAGUUCUACCCAAGGAUGCAAGACAGAGUUGUUCCCACCCAAGCAUGCAAAACAGAGUUGUUCCCACCCAAGGAUGCACAACAGAGUUGUUCCCAAGUGUCAAACCCAAGGGUGCAAAAGAGAGUUCCACCCAAAUAAGAGUCUCCACUUCAAGAUGGGGACUCUUAUGUCAGUCUGUAGGCAAAAAUCGAAACUCUCUAAGAGCAUGUUGCCUGGGGAUGUGAAAAGAUCGUGAACAACGAGUGCUUCGGACCACAUCACGAUGACGAAGCGUUGGAGGAGGAGCUGCGAAGACAGAUCGGAUGCGUGCCGCUUUACGAGUUGAGGAAGGCACUUGGUGGAUCGGGUUAGACGAUAGAUUGUUCUCAUACUUCUUUUACUAUUAGACUAGAGGUUACACUCCAUUAAUACUAGUAACUCCAUUACUGGAAAGCUGAUAACUACAAAUUCAUGUGGAUGAUAUGAAAAGGAUCAUUGCGUGUAUUAUACUAGUAAAUAGUACAGAUUUUAUUUGAACAAGAGCAAAGACAUCACUGAUUGAACAACGAAAAUGCGAUCAACAUCGAAAAUGCCGAAGCUCGUAUUCACCAUUGAUUUAGUUCACACACAUACAGAUUGUCAGAAACAGAAUUAACAGGCUAGACUGCAUUAAGAAAGGCAAAUGCUAGUGAAUAUUGCAGUAGGUCAACAAAAGAUCUCAAAAAUGAUUCAGGUUUUCCAGCGAUACAAGCUAAAUUUUGUAUCAGGAACAGUAUGACAAACUCAGUUACAAUUCAUCGACAAAACAAAAGCAAAUCUUACUCAUCGGGAACCCAAUUAUCAACAAAAUUAAUCAAAGCAGCAUGAUCGAGGCCAUGCUACUAAAUCAUACCAAUGUCUAUGGUAGCUCAUUCAUCACCAUCUAACUAGGAUCUAUUUAUGACGUUGUAGGAUAGAAUCGUCAAACAUCAUCAUCAGGAUACAGGCGUCUAUCAUCAGAAAAGUAGUACACCAAAGAUACUACACCAAAGAAGCAAACACCAAAGAAGCUACAACAGAGAAGGAGAGGAACGGAACCCAGGUAGUGCUGUGACAGCAAACAUGAGAAUAGUAGGACCCAUUCUGAGCGUCCCAAGAACUUCGUGGCCUGGCUCUUUAUAAGUUCCAUAAGUUCCGUAGGACAAGGACAACAAGGAGUCAGACUGUUUAAUAUGCACUAAAAAGAUUAUUUGUCUGGGUUCUCUGGACGUUGGAUGUUAUAGCAAUGUGGAAACACAGACUCCGACUAUCGUCCAUACUAUAACUAUCUAUAAUCGUACAAACUACACCAUCGGGAAUUGUUUUGUUUUUGUAAUUUGAAGAUUACUGCUCUUCACCUCAUUCAGGAUAUAGGUACAUUGAACACAAAACGAAAAGACAACACCAUUGAUCAUUUUGAGCAUAUAAGAACGAAGAUUCAACACACAUACAUUUAUCGGGUCAAUCUUCGGGGACGAGUGUGAUUUUUCUCAGGUUUGUACAAAAUCAAGACGUGGAAUUCUGGUAGGACGUGGAAUUCUGGUAGGCGAAAGAUGCUCCAUGUCUGAGAUGUGGAAUUCUGGUAGGCGAAAGAUGCUCCAUGUCUGAGAUGUUCAUUAAGCAAAGUUUCAAAAACACACACACCGUGCGGCAGUCUGCACUGAAAUCUGUGCG